CGGACCCGAUCUGGGGGUUGGGGGACGCGAGUGCAGGGACCGAGUAACGGAGGAGCAAGGCCGCCCCGGCCGUGCCUCGGGAGGAUGAAGCUGCUCCCUGUGUCUCUUCGGGGUUUCCCUGCUCAAUAAAUGGGGUCUAACCCGGGCUGGGGGCGUGUGGGGAUCUCCCAAGGUGCGAGAGUCUUGUGUUGUCUGAAUAUGUCCGGUGGAGGAUUCCCAGGUCAGACGGUGGAUUUGUCCCGGGGAAAGCGUUCCGCAACGAUUUCUUCUUGACCUUUUGAAAAUGAAGAUCGGGGCUGAGGUUGUGAACUUGCCCCGGAGUCUGGGCUUAAAGAUUUGGGAAGCCUUGGGUGCACCUGGUGACUGGGGAUAUUUGUGAAAUUGUUCUGAACACUGGGAAAGGCGGAACUUCCCAUAAAAUCAUAAGAUACAAAAGCCGAAGUGGGCCAAACAGCCCACGAGUUCUGCUCCACCAGUCAAUCAGAUCUUCAGUGAUAAUCUGAUUGUCCUCAACUUCACUCUCCUGCCUUUUACCCAUGGAUCCAUUUGAUUCCCUUACUGAUUUAAAAAUCUGGGGUCAAGAAUUUCAAAGGUUCACCAUCUUCUGAAGGAAGAAAUUCAUCCUUCCUUCAGUCCUAAACAAUUUGCUGUUUAUUCUGAGUUUGCGCACCCCCUGGUUCUAGACCCCGGUAGCCAGACAAAAACAUUUCUCGUCACAAUGCGUUUGGUCAUUCUUGAAGACUAUGACAAAGCCAGUGAAUGGGCAGCCAGAUACAUUUGCAAUUCAAUUGUUCAAUUUAAACCUGGCCCAAGCCGAUAUUUUACUUUGGGUUUACCCACAGGGAGCACACCUGCUGGGUGUUACAAAAAGCUGAUUGAAUAUUAUAAGAAUGGUGACCUCUCUUUCAAAUAUGUGAAGACGUUCAACAUGGAUGAAUAUGUUGCACUUCCGAGGGAUCAUCCAGAAAGCUACCACUCCUAUAUGUGGAAUACCUUCUUCAAGCAUAUUGAUAUAGACCCAAAGAAUGCUCAUAUUCUUGAUGGCAAUGCACCAGAUCUGCAGGCAGAGUGUGAUGCCUUUGAACAGAAGAUUGCUGAAGCUGGAGGAAUUGAACUGUUUGUUGGAGGUAUUGGUCCUGAUGGACACAUUGCUUUCAAUGAGCCUGGAUCAAGCCUGGUAUCAAGAACAAGGGUGAAAACAUUAGCCAAAGAAACUAUUCUGGCAAACGCAAGAUUUUUUGAUGGUGACUUGUCAAAAGUACCUACCAUGGCAUUAACCGUAGGUGUUGGAACAGUAAUGGAUGCUAAAGAGGUUAUGAUUCUCAUCACAGGAGCACACAAGGCAUUUGCAUUGUACAAGGCAAUCGAAGAGGGAGUAAAUCAUAUGUGGACCGUUUCUGCCUUUCAGCAGCACCCACAUACCACCUUUGUUUGUGAUGAUGAUGCUACUUUGGAGCUUAAAGUUAAAACAGUGAAGUAUUUUCAAGGUUUGAUGCACGUGCAUAAUCAACUUGUGGAACCAUUGCACAGUAUGAAAAGUUACAAUGACUAAAAAGAAGAAAAUGAAUAGAAACUUUCCUGUGAUGUACAAUUAAUUAAAAUUCCAAGGAUUAUGUUAAGUGGAAUUCAAUGCAACCUGAUUUUAUAUUGACAUGUUGCUGUAACUAAAACAACUAGAUUUUUAUAAAAGUAAUACUCAAAAGCUCCAAGUCUAAAACUUCUCUCUUCUUGAGUAUUCUUCCUGCUCUGAAGACACUUGAUCUCUUCCAAGUGUCCAUAGCAGUGAAAUCUUACAAAUCAUUGGUAUAAACAGAACAGAAGCAAGAAUAGUCAAUUGGUAAAUGCAAAGAAUAAUUCCUUUCUUUACAGCAUAUUGUGAAGGGCAUUGCAAAUUUGUGAACAUUGUUGUCUCAAAGCCUUGUUCUUCCCACUUAUUCAUAAUAGAAUGUGAGCUAAAAUCUGUAUGUAAUAUAUUUUAAAGGUUACCACUAUUGUUUCCUUAGCAUGUGAAAUUUUUAAAUGAAUGUUUAAGUAUCAUUCGUUAUUCCCUGCAUUGAAAAAGCUAUUGAAGAAAUGGUCUUGAAUCUAUCUGGCAAAAGCAGAUCAAUAAUUUAGUCUAACUAGUCUAAUAAAUUGUACAUUCAUGCAUCCUCAUAUAUCAUAAUUGCACAACUUUAUUACUUUUGAACGAUGUUCAUUAUUGGAAUUAAGAUUCCAAAGUGCAAAUCUUUUAAAUGGUUUUGAAAAUACAUUUGUCAUGAAUAUUUUGCAAGCUAAUUUUUUAAAACUUUCCAUAUCUGGUAUAGAUUUCUUAGCCACAUUCCAAACAUUUAUUGCUUCACUAGCCCAUUUGUUCUUUCAUUACAUGGUAAUGAUUGCUGCUUGUAUCCUGUGUACAUUGUACUAUUAGGGCAUUGAUGUGAACUUUGGUAUUUUAAUCAUGAAUUCAGUUUCAACUGUAUUGUCUCUAAGUCUCCAUGAUUGCUUCUAAGCAUUAAAAACAUAAUUUUGAAAAGCUAUUUAUGCUUUUUAAAUUAAAUAACUUGAGGUGCCAAUAACAAAAGCAUCUAAUGUACUAUGGGAUCAUUUCAUUUACAUUUCGGUUGGACUAUUUCAGAAUUUCUAAUUUGGAACCUCUAACCAUUUAAUUGUGGAAGCUGAUCUCUUUGAUAGCCUAAUGGUAAUUAGGUUGGAUACAAUGCAUAUUUUCAUCUGUUGUUACAAAGUAUCUGCUGCACUACAAGCUUCAUGUUCUUGUAGAUCUGAAUACUAGUUACUCAUCAAUUUUAACAAUAUAGCUGUUUGUUUUCUGUCAGAAUGCCAAAUGAUGUUCUUUGCUGGAUAAUCUAUUCAAGCUGAUGAAAAUUCAAGGAUUGUGGAUUAUUUUUCUUAAUUUUUUUUCAACAUACUAAUCAGUGCAUGGCAUAUACCUGUUUGAAUCAGGUGUCUCCCCCCCCCCCCGAGGGGCAAAAUUGUGUAUCAUAUAACACUGUACUGUUGUACCAUGGGUUAUCUUUAUGCCUUAAUCAAAUAAAACUGCACAAGUGUUAAUCAUCUCAAUAA